AUGGUGUCAGAUAGUGAAAAUUAUUAUUUUGACUACAAAUCAAGUCAAAAUUCUUCCAGCAUCGAUUAUCAAAUCGAUCUAUUCGAAUUUCGUCAACAUAUCAAGUCCAAUAAAACCAAACGACAAAUUAAAAAACCUUCAUGUUCAGUCCCGAAGAAAACUCUCAAGUCCUUUCCAACGCUUGUCAAAGUUAAAUGUGUCAACGAUAAACAAACGUUAAAAGCCGAACAAAAACCGUUCCGUUACAAUCGUUACCCAUCGAAGGCAAAACCUUUCGAUUGUGAUGUACAAUUUCAAGACAUACCAAAGGAAACAACAGAAAUCUCCCCAGCUGCUCACAAUGCAAUGUUAGCGUAUCAGUUAAAAGAACAAAAACGAAGUCAACACAAGAGUCGUUUAUGUUUUCAGUGGAAUGCACAAGUUAACCAUCCGAAAGUACUCGAAGCGGAACAUCUGACUAGUUUUUCGUCAUUUCGUCAUUAUUUCUAUUGUGCUAAUCAUCAGGCAAUCAAAUCGUCAUUCGAAAGGCAACGUGAUAUCGAAAUCAUUGAUAUUCGUCUUGCCUCUGUGAAUGAACGUGUUCAAAAUCAAUUUAUGGAAACGUUAAAUAAAACUUUAUAUUUUCCAUACUUAGCUUAUUAUGGUACAAAACUGAGCAAUAUCGAAAGUAUUCUUCGCGACGGUUUUCUAAUGCCAGACCAACUACAUCUAUCGAAUCCCGAAGUACCUACCAUUACCUUACAAAAUGGUCACUUUUAUGGCAGUGGUAUUUAUUGCAGUCGAUGGGCCGGUUAUUCUGCCUUGUAUAUGAAUGACACUAAUACGCUGUUGGCAUGUGCAGUAUUACCAAAACGUGAUCAACGUGGAAAAAUCGAACGCUGUUAUGGAGAUAUAUUAGUAUUACAAGACGCAUCACGGAUUGUUCCGUUAUUUUUACUUGAUCUCAAAUUUUUAACCGGCACCCGUAGAAAUUAUCCUCGGUUUAACGAUGAAGAGGAAUUAACAGCGGUUGAAAAGAAGCGAGUAAAAAAACCAACUGUUAUUCCAAGAAAAUAUUUACGAAAAGUACUUGCUUCUAUGAAUGAUCAAGCACGAAAGCAUGAUCAAUAUCAAGAACGAUCUUUUGAAUGA